AUGACCAUCAACAACUGUGGUAACUGUGAAUACAAUUUAAACUUUCCAAAUGAUGUCACCUUAGCAGCAGGAACAACAACAAAUAAUUUCAAAACAAGUUUAAAUUGUUAUUUAUUACCACCUAUAAAUGGUUUUAAUGGUAGCACUGUUGAUAAUAAUCACUCGCAGUUGACAGACGGUAUAGUAGCACCAAACUUUAAGACUCGUUUAAAUUCGUCAAGUGGAUAUUCUUCACAAAAUUUUACACAUCCUACUAUUUUGGGUUGUAAUCAUCCAAAUUCAUCAAUUUAUCGUCAUCCAGUUGAACUGGAUUAUAAUCCAAGAGAGUUGGAAGCAUUUUCUGAAUUGUUCAAACAAAGACGCAUAAAACUUGGUGUCACACAGGCUGACGUUGGUAAAGCACUUGGUAAUUUAAAAAUAUCUGGUGUUGGGUCAUUAUCUCAGUCAACUAUAUGUCGUUUUGAAUCACUAACCCUAUCACAUAAUAACAUGGUUGCACUGAAACCUGUUCUACAAGCAUGGCUUGAAGAAGCUGAAGCUGAAGCAAGUUCACGAUUGAAUCAUCCAAAUAUUUAUGACUUGGACGAAGAAAGAAGACGCAAACGAACUUCAAUAACAGAUUCAGAGAAAAGGUCACUUGAAGCAUUUUUCAGUAUUCAACCACGUCCAUCAUCAGAGAAAAUUGCACAGAUCGCAGAAAAAUUAAAUUUAAAAAAAAACGUUGUCAGAGUUUGGUUUUGUAAUCAGCGACAAAAACAAAAACGAAUGAAAUUCUCUACACUUGGCAUGUUGCAUCACUCUGCAACUCGAACAUGAAUUAGAUUAAGCAGGUAGAAAUAGAAAAAAACUAACAUAACAUUGGUAAAAACCACCAAUAAUGUUAAUAUUAAUAAAAAAUUAAAUAUCUAUCACUAUCGAUUAUUUUGGCUAAGAUCACCAUUAUCCUUCAUAUUAAUAACUAUGUAUUCUUUCGUUGGUUCUUUUAGUUUCGAGUUUUUCUUUCUCUUCGUUAGUGAUUUGAGUAUUUACAUCAGUUCUAAUCAAUUUUUGUGUGUAUACAUCACUUUCCUAAGUCCUAUUACUUUCUGUUCUUAUUAUUUCACUUAAGUCUGUAAUUAAAAAUAAUUACGUUGUAAGCUGGUAUAUUUGUGAUAUUUCAUUAAAUAAUCAUGUUAUUAUAGCGUAUCAACGUGAAAUAUAUGAUCAUGUUAACGUA